AUGCCGGCUAUUCACAACGCACCUCCCAAACUCGACCUCGGUCACAUGGCUUUCGAGCUGUCCACUAAGAAGGCGCUGUCGGGCCAACAGCAUUCGCAGAAGACUCAAACCACCGCGCCAACAGAAACAGACUGGCACCCAACUUCCUGGCGCUCCAAGCCUGUCACUCAAGACAUCGUCUAUCCGGACCAGGGCGCGCUCUUCAAAGCGCUCAGUAAGAUUUCGCAUCUCCCCAGCCUCGUGUCAGCCGGCGAGAUCGAGCGGGCUCGCGAAGAUUAUGCUCGAGGUGCUCGCGGCGAGGCAUUCUUCCUGCACGGCGGUGACUGCGCUGAGGGUGAGUGCUCGACCAAGGCGACGGCCGUAUCUGCCAGUACUAGAAAUCCAAUCGCUGACUUCAUCAACGCCCCACCCCCCCUGCGCUCAGCCUUCAACGAAUGCACGGAGGACCACAUCUCAGCGCAGCUCCGUAUCCUCUUGCAGAUGAGCUUCAUCAUCUUCAUGGGAGCCAAGACACCAGUUGUGCGCGUUGGCCGCAUUGCCGGGCAGUAUGCCAAACCCAGGAGCAAAUUGACCGAGGUUGUGGAUGGCAAAGAGUACCCCUCUUUCCGCGGCGACUCUGUCAAUGGGAUGGACCUCACCGACAGGCAACCCGACCCAGACAGGCUCGUCUCGGCGUACUUCCAUAGUUCGACGACGAUCAACUACUUGCGCAGCCUCAGCAGCGAGCAACAGCUACUCGACGCCGCCAUCAAGGAAUUGGACUUCGACGCCGACUCUAUCGACAGCGAGAUUCUGCGCGUCAAGGCUCAUCAAGUCCACUCGCGCAUCGAGGAUGCGCUGCUGCUGUAUGCGUCUUCCGCGCGUAACGGCGACAAGGCUAGCUCUCGCACCCUGGACCACUUGUCACGAGCCAUGGGCAGCGAAAUGCUGUGGACCUCUCAUGAAGCCCUCAACCUUUCGCUGGAAGAGGCCAGUGUUCGUAGCGUGGUUGACCCUGUCACCGGAGCCACUCACCAUUACGACUCUUCCGCGCAUAUGAUUUGGACAGGCGAGCGUACGCGUCAAUUGGAGGGAGGGCACAUCGAGUUCAUGCGCGGACUGCGAAACCCAAUCGGCUGCAAGAUUGGCCCGACUAUGCAACCCGACGAAUUGGUCGCUCUGCUGAACAAGCUGGACCCCGACUAUCAGGAUGGCCGGGUAACUCUCAUUACGCGGCUGGGUGUGGACAAGGUCGAUCGUUUCCUUCCUCCCCUCAUCGAUGCUGUUCAGGCAUCUGGGCACCGUCCCCUCUGGCUGUGCGACCCAUGCCACGGCAACGGAAAGACUACGGCGACGGGCAUCAAAACGAGAGACUUUGCAGACAUCUUUGGCGAGAUCGAGAAGAGCAUCAGCGUUCACAAUGCCAUGCACAACCCGCUCGGUGGGUUGCACCUCGAGCUGACGGGUGACAAGGUCACCGAGUGUACGGGCGGGUGCAUUCCACUAGGCGAGGAUCAGCUGGGUUCUGCGUACAAAACCCUUUGUGAUCCUAGGCUUAGCGCAGAGCAGAGUCUUCACCUGGCUCUUUUGGUCAGCAGACGACUCGAGGGAGAUAAUCUUCAUGCCCACCUCAGCUCGGCGCCUGUCUCAGCUGCCUCCUCGGCGCCCGGUUCCCCUGGCAAGUAA